AUGCAAGUUUCACCAGUUACCCAAGAGCAAUUAGUUGUAUCUGCUUUACAGGUUGAUUCAACUAAUGCUGAACAAGUCACAGUGUUAGCUCAUGAAGAUGGAGUACCACUUGACCAUUUACAGUUACUACUACCACAUGUAGCUGAAUCUGAAAUUGCAUUACAAGCUCCUGCUUUGUCAGUCAAGUACCUGGUUUAGUUCUUUUUUCACAAGUAUCAGAGUAAAUUAUUUUGCAAUCAGUUAAGCUCUUUGUUCCACACUAAGCAUCACCAUCUUUGCACUAUAAAAAAGAAAAAUCACAUCCUCCAUCAAUACAAGUCUUUUUAUCCAUGUAACUUGGACAUAUUUUCAAAUCUUUAGGUUUGUAUUUUAAAAAUGUAUCUUUCUUUGUUUUGA